CCCCAGUCCUUCUUUCGAAAGCCAGGAGAAGAAAAAAUUUAUUUCAGCUACUUAUGUUUGUCUUCAGAUUUGUUCUUUUCAAGAAUUGAGCCUUCUAAUCAAGAAACCUUGGACUUUGAAGCUUGAUUGUUUUCUGCAGAUAAAAUUCAAGAUGGCCAGAGAUUGGCUAGGACUGGGGAAUGGAAGCGCUCCGCGGGCCAACAUUGAAUGACCAUCACGGCAUAGUACAAAGUCCAGCGGUGUACGUGCAGAUCCAGUCCUAUGUUGGUAUCUGCCUAAGAAGGAUUCGAGGCCAUACUGUGAGGCUGUUCAACCUUCAUGGCAUCUAUAAAUCGCCACUUUCUUUAUUCUUUGGCUCUGAGCUGGAACACUUGGCUUUGCAACAGCUUGAAGAUCGCACAGUGUGACUUGGCAAGAAUGGCAAGCAUCUCGUUGAGCGUGGCCUUCCUGUGUGCACAGGGCGAGUCAUUCUUUACACCGCCCCCGCUUCCACUUCCACCUCCGCCAUUCGGCUAUCUCCCGCCACAUCCACCGCCCUAUCGGGGAGCUCCCGUUACGUAUUCAAGUCCAUAUGUAAUCCACAGCCCGGCAUAUGUGUAUCCACAACCGUACCAGGUACUCCAGAGAGUACAAACGGUUCAGACAAUUCAGACCGUCGAGGUCAUCCAGACUAUCCGGCCAUUUCAACCUGUACAAAUGGUCCAGGCUCUCCAAACUGUUCAAACAACGAGUCAGGUUCAGCAAACAUAUCGUUAUCGCUUAUACUCGAUGCGGCCCAUGCAACCUUACGGCUUCCCACAAUGGGCAUAUGAUUUGUAUGGCCCGCACUAUUAAACGUAUAUGUAAGGCGAAGAAGACGAUGGAUGGACUAGCCAGGUCUCGAUGGGAAGUGG